AUGGAGACGACAUUGGUUUUUUACCUGACCGAAUUGCGCGAGGACGCAGUGAAAAGAAGCCUAGGCUCAGCCGAAGAGCUCGUGCGUCGUGUGGAGGAUAUUGCAGACCUGUGCACCAAUCUGACCUCUGAAGACGAGCUAGCUUUUGCCUCGUCAGUCCUUUUCGAUGAAGACAGUGGUAUAUUUGCAUUCCUGGAGGCUGCUCUUCCUGAAAAAGCAUUGGCGAAGCCCAGAGAAAAGGCUCUUGCCUUCCUGGCAAAGUACAUCGAGAAAGUGAAAGACCGCAUUGCCCCAUAUGCGCUGUUUAUCCGGAAGAAAUGCUACGACCUGUACCGCCGGGAAACUUCCAACUCCCCAAAGGCCAACACCUUCGACCCACUGUUUCUCAUCAUAAGGCUGCAGCUGCCGCUCGUCACUGCAGAGAACUUCGCAGCAGCAGAUAUGGGACGGCAGUACUUUGGGGAUUACAGGAGGAUGACAACAGCAACGCUCAAGUCCAAUACCUUCGUCAUGCUGGGCCUGCUCGUGGAGUACUUUCCUGAGGCACUGCACGACCAGAUUGCGCCAAUCAUGAAUUUGGCGCUGACCAAUCUGAUGGCGCAGGCCAAGUCAGAUAAGCCGGAGAUGCUGGUCAUGGCUGGGAUACUCGACUGUGUGACGUCCCUGCUGACGCACUGCGAUGAGGGGGAGUUCCCAGGAGGUUCGCAAGAGAAUGCGCAACUGCUGUACAAGUGCGUCACAGACAUCGUUCAGAAGGACGACUUGACUCGGUAUGCCGUCCUGCGAUCCGCCUUGAAACUACUGUCCCGACACGCGAGUCUCUUCCGCCGACGACUGCUGAAGGACAUCAUGAGGAAGGACCCCGCAGCGCAGUCGUCAGAUCCGGACAUGCUUUUUGAGUAUUUUCGAAGAUACAGCAAUCACGUCAACCACCAAAUACGCGACGCUGCCAACCACGCUCUAGAAGAGACCCUGACGCAGGUCUCGAAGGCCAUGCUAGAGUCGGACCCGGCAACUGAGCCUUUAGUCCGCCAUACUUACACGGAGCUUAUGAAGGCGGUCUUUGGCAUCUUGAACGACCCGGCGAGCAGCCCCCGUGACGUCAGCUUGGCGAUCCGCGCCCAGGGCAAGCUGGCCGGGGCAAUCCUCAAGUUCUCCGGAGAGGAAGAGCUGCGGAAAGCGCUCAAUCGGCUACUCCCGUUCGGCGCCCGAUCUACCGUAUCCACCGGGUACGGCGACGACAACCUGGGCCACUCUGUCACUCUCGUCGGCGCUUUUGCGGACAUGAUGGUCUAUCUGCCGUCCGUGGAGGACUCUCUCAUCAGCUUCAUUUCUGAGGUCGCGGGCGCCAUCUUCUUCCGGUACCCGCUUCUCUGGGAGAAGCAGAAGCCGGCUGUACAUACUGCCUUUGUAAAUAUGCUGUGCUCCCUCUACCCCAAAGGAGAGGCCUUCACGUCCUUCCUCAAUAACAUAGUUCGAUCUUCGCUCGUCCGCACGAUGAGCGCGGACGACCCCGCCGCCCCACCCGACGACCCCAAAAAGUGGCCCCUCUACCUGGAGCUGUGGACCCGCAUCUUGGACCAGCCCGUGGUGCUCUCUGCCGCGCAAAAUCCGCGCAAGGAGGAAGCCUCCUCCGAGGCGGACAGCGAAACCCCGGUCGCAUCGCGGAUCAGUGUGAACGCGGCCGACUACGCGCACAUGCGCGAGCUCGUGUACGACUCGCUGGUGCAGAACAUGCUGACGAUCGUGGGCGGCUUGGACCUGCGGUAUGACGUCAGGGCGCCCAGCAAGGAAGCGGCCGCGCCGAGCGAAGAGGAUGAAGGCAAGACUUCCGAGGACGUCGAACCCGAGUUGGCGCUGGAGAGCAUCAUCCCGCUGAACCCGAACGACAUGCGCAUGUUCCUUACUCUUGUGGAGUUCGCCCAGGAGUUCCUGCAGAAGUGCUGCGUCAGCUUCUUCCCGAAGUGGCUGUACACCUUCGGCCGUGACGUCAUCGCCCUCUCCGACCAAUACCCGUUGAUCAGCGGCUUCUAUAAGCUGCUGGCAGUCGCCAUAAGGGUCGGGGACGCGCUCGGCUACUUCGCGGCGGAAUCGACGUCAGCAGAGCCGGAUGCUGACGGGGACGUGCCCAUGUCCGAGGCGAGCCCCUUCCUGGGCGUCCCUCCCGGCGACCGCGAGCAGUGCACGGAGCUGUUCCGCAAGUUUCUGCGCGAAGUCCUGGUUGCCAAAACCCACUCACUCCUUCCUGCAGGCGAAAUCGCGAGCCCCUUCCCGGGCGUCCCUCCCGGCGACCGCGAGCAGUGCACGGAGCUCUUCCGCAAGUUUCUGCGCGAGGUGCUGGUCGCCAGCCGGCGGUACAAGCUGGAGCACCUCGCGGCGUGCCUGCAGAUGUGCCUCUCGGCGCCGACGGUCCUGCUGGAGAUCCGGCAGCUGGUGGGGCCGAUGCAGAGCGCGCUCACCAUGGGCUUGAGUUACCAGCCCUUGGCGGACCUGGCUCUAGACACUCUAGAGGGCUGGUUGAAGAACCACUUCCGAGAGCUGGAGCCCCAUCUGCCGGAGAUUGUCCCCCUUUUGAAUGACUACCUGGCCGAGGUCGACACCUCGGGGGCCGACCAGAUGUCUGGGGCCGCAGGGGACGAGGUCGCCGAGAAGAGGAACACGGCGGACAUGACGAGGACGCAGGCGAGGCGGCAGCGAGAGGCGCGGGCGAAGGAUAUGCAGGCGAGCCCCUUCGAGCGGCUCCAGCUGCGGGUGCAGCGCUUUUUGGGGCGCAUCGGCGGCCACAGCCACCUGCUCGUGCCUGACGUCAACCUGACCAAGGGCGACGGCCAGAGCGCAUUGGCCUGGGACGUCAUCAAACGGAUCAAGUUUGCGCUGCCAUUCCGGGACGAAAAGCCUGACAUCUACCUAGAUCCGCUCCUUCCGCGCGUCGUGGAGCUCGCGCAGUCGUCCACCGACCGGCGCACCAAGGUGGCGGCCUCCGAACUGCUCCACGCGGUCUCACUGUACAUGAUUGGUACCAGCGCGAAGGCGCCGCUCCAGCGAAGGGGCGAGGAGCUUAGAGAGGAGUACCAGUUCCAAAAGAUUUAUCGGAAGCUGUUCCCUGCUCUGCUCAAGCUGGCGACCGAUGUCGAGCCGGUAACGCAGCGGCUCUUCUCCGAGUUCGUCAAGCAGAUUAUCCGCUGGUUCACCAGCAGCAAAACGCGCGAGCACCCCGAGACGAUGGCGCUGCUCGACGCCAUCCUGGAGGGCCUUGUGGACGAGGACAACGGCGCUCUCAGGGAGUUUUCUGCCGGGUGCUUUCAGGAAUUCAUGGAAUGGUCUAUUCGCCACGCGCCUCCUGAGGCGGACAACUUCGUGAACGUGACGUCCAUGCUGCGCCGGCUCUACAACCGACUGGACCACCCCAACCCGUACCAGCGCCUGGGCGCCACCAUGGCCCUUUACCGCCUCUACCCGCUCCUAGUUAGGCAGCGCGGCAUCGUCGACCGUCACAUUUUCGAGCUCUUCUUCUACUGCGCCAAGAGCCUGCGGCUGGCGGAAGCUGACUCUGAAACAAUUGGCACGGUCCGUCAGAUGAGCCGGGUGGUGCACUGCCUCCAGAAGCUGAUGCUCAAGUUCGUCGACCCGCUGAAGAAGCCGCGCAAGGACGGCCGGCCCAUGUUCGCCACUUUGGACCAGUUCCUCGGGUGGCUAUUCACACAGACCGGCCGGCCGCAACAGCGUUGCAGCCAGCAGUGCAUGAUCCUAUUCUCGGCUCUGGCGCCGGAGAGCGCGGAGGGUUCCGCCGCCGUCUGGUUCCGCUCCAAGCUCUCCCCAUCUACCCCUCUCGAGGCCUUGUUGGAGCCGUUUGACGUACAGCAUCCGCUUCCCCCGGGCGCAUCCUCGCCACACGAGCUUCAACAGGGCCUCUCCUCGCUACUGCGGUCACUGCGGUGGUACGAGUGGGCCCUGUCGCAGCAGCUGUUGACGGUGGCUGAGCUGGUCCCGGGGCAAGAGGUUGAGGAAACAAGGCCCGGCCAUCCGGUCGUGUGCCUGAGGCGGUUCUUGAGCAGCACGGCAGACGAGACGGACGAUUCGGCUCUCGAGGCUCAGCUCCGGAGCCUAACCCCCUCCGAACGGGAGUCCUUCCACCGCACCCGCUGCAGCACGAUCAUGGGCGUCCUCUCCUUCAUACACCAGGUCGUCAAACGCAGCCUCGGCGAGAGCACGCUCGCCUCCGUUGGUGUCAAGAACCCGAGCGCCCAAUUCCAGGUUCCCCAAUGGACAGACGUGGUCCCGGUUGAAGACACCUCUUUCCACCGGCUCAUGUGCUUGCUCCUCCUCCGGCCGCGAAGGCUAGGCUUCGUGACGUCAGAUCUCAAGCAGAGCGACCGUCUGGCGAAGGCGAGCAUGAACCUGAUGCGAGAAUUGGCCGAAGCGUCGUCCGGAUUUAAGGGCGGGGUGGGGAUCGCGCUCAGGAGUCUGAUGGAAGAGCCCGGGGGAAGCUUUGACCUAGGGGCGGUCUCGCUUGACGAGGUUCUGGGGGUGUCGGGGCGAGCGGCCGGCCAAGGGGCAGCGGAGCUGCUGAGCUUAGUGAGGGGCUACCAGCAGCUGUUUCAUGCUGGCGCUCUGACCUCCAUCCUGCCCCCCAAGCGCCUCGGCGAGCUAGCAGAAAAGCUGGCAACCGCCGUCUUCAACCUCAAGCGCGAGUGCCCCCCUCCCCUUCGGCCGGUCGCAACUGCGAUGCUCGAGCUCGCCACCGCACUAGGCCUCAGCGUCGGACGUCUUCUGGACCUCGUUUCGGACGAGUCCGAGGUGGUCAGCGGCGGGGGGGUCCCGGAAGCCCAGGGCGACACCCCCCCGGGGAUGGUCCGUAGGGUAACGACCGGCGCGCUGUUCCUGUCCAACUUUUCUGACGUCAUCGUCCGGCGGUGCGUCUUCCAGCCGCGGGCGGCGCUCGAGCGGAUCUUCUCACAGACCCCCCGGAACGGAACGAUGCGCGCGCUGCUGGGCGCGAUCCUGUCUCACUACCUGGCGGGGGAGGACAAGCUCAGCCGCGCGAGCGUGGUCGAUCAGAUGGCAGCCAACCUGCGGUACUUGCAGCGGUGGACGGAACCGGAAGCUUCUCUCGAAGAGAAGCGCGCGUUUCUCGCGAUCGUCGGGAAACUUCUGGUGGUGGACGGGGGGGAUCCCCCGCGCGCGCUCGCGCAGCCGGCCGCGCGGGUGGUCGUCCCGGCGUACGAGGCGUUUCUCUCGCAGCCGGCCGCGCCGGGUGAAAACGAGAGCGAGCGGGGUUUGCGGGUUUCGCUGAAACGAGAAGCGCUGGGGCUUCUGCCGUUCUUCCUGGGGCCGGGCGUUGACGGAGAAACGAGGCGACGCGUGCUGGACUCCGUCCGGCGUUUGGUCGCCGAACACCUGCUCAUCCAGUCGAGAGACCUCCCGCAGGGCUCGCCGCAGUUCAACAACUACGUGCGACUCCUAGAGGGUUUGCUGCGCGCUUUGGUGGCGAGUCUGAGCCUUGGACUUUUAGAGGAGCUCUUCCCAGUGUUGCAGUUCCAGGGGAAUACCCUCCGCUCCCGUCGGAUCGAGGAAGCUCUAGGGGACUUUGCCGGGGAAACCGCCCGGAAGGACCCCAAGCCGUUACUGGAGCUGUCGCUGACUCUUCUGCACGACGGCGAGAAGCAACCCCGGUUGAAGAAAGCGGUUAUGGACAUGGUUGCAGUCCCCGCUCUCUACGCUGCGGACGAAAGCUUCCUGUCCGAAUGGUUCGCGGAUAAGUUCGAGGACUUCAAACGGACGCUCGGGAAAGAGUACUCGUACCGCACGAGAACGGAUGCCGAGACGGAGCAAACCGAGCUGACAACUAGGACGGCGAUCUUAUCCCUGCUCGAGCUCAUGUACCUGAGGCUCAGCGCGGAGCAGCUGAGGGAAAAGUGCGGCGUCGACAAGCAGAAGAACGUGGAAAUGAUCAGGCUGUGCGAUGACGUCAUCCGGGGCAAGGAGCGGCUGAAAGUGAUGGGGAUCGCGGCCGAGCAGAGCCCCGAGAGCGCGCAGGCGUGGCGGGGGAUUCAGCAGGCGGCGUACGGCUGCCUGGCGGCGCUGUUGAUCAAGACUCAGGGCCCCAACUUCUUCCCACGGUUCCUCUUCAAGGAAGGCGCCAAGGAGGGCUUCCUCUGGUCGAACGUCGUCGACUGCGACAAGGUGUACGACCACUUCGACGUCGAAACCGCCGAGCUGGGAUCCGCUCGAGAGACGCUCCGGGGGCUACGGGCAGAGCGGAAGGCUAGAGAGUCCCGGCGGAUGGCAGCCGGAGCGGCCAGCCAGGCAGCGCACGCCACUCUUUCGUCACAGUACAUAAACAACACGAGUGCCACUCAGGGGGGCGGGGUAAUCUCCACUUUUCUGGGGGGGCAAGGCGCAAGAUUGGGCGCAGACGGGGGGGCCGUUUUGGCGGGGAGCCAGGGGGGGAGUCUGCCGUUGGGCGGCACUCAGUCGGACCUGAGCGCGAGCAUGCUUCCCGACGCGCCCUCCGGGGUUUACGAAGGGUUUGGCGAGCCGGCUGCGCCGGCCGACGAAGAUUCGGUCGUCGAGACGUCGGCGCUCGACGAAGAUGACUUCGAUCAGAACCCGGUGAUGGCUGUGCUUCUGAGGGUGCUCGAGCACCUGCACCAGAAACAGGGGGGUGCGGAGCCCGCGGAAAUGCCCCCCUGGAUGGACGCCAUUCACAAGAGCUUCACAAGCCCCGCGACGCCGAUCAACGUGAAGCUCUUGUUGGCGAAGGCGAUCGUGCGCGCGCGGAAGCUCUUCCAGCCGUUCAAGCGGGAAUGGUUCGCGCCGCUCAUUGAGAUCUUCACGGCCGACCCCUCCCGAUCCGGCGGCGCCUCCUUCCACUACUUCCUCCGUGACGUGUGCAUCGUCCUCCUGCAAUGGGACCUCGCCAAACCCCCGAACCCUUCCAAGGCCACGGACCUCAUCGGACACCUCAUGCGCGUGUCCGCGCACCCGACGCGGGCCGUCCUGUCCGCCAACAUUGACGUCAUCCGGCUCUUCCUAGCCGAAUGGAAGAGUGACGUCAGCGUGGACAAGCGCGUCAUCCUGCGGUACUUAGCGGCUGACGGGAGCGAUGCGAAGGUCAAGAAGACGGCGGGGUUGCAGCUGUUUGGGGUGCUGAUCGCGGUGGGGAUGAAGAUAUAUGACUCGAUUGAAGACGCGGCGAUCCCGGAGAAGGAGGUGUAUGGUCGGCUGCUGGAGUGCCUGGGCUUCAAGGCCAAGGAGGUGUACGAAGCGGCGGCGGAGGUGAUCGGCGCCGCCCUUUUUGAGCGCGACAAGACGCCGGACCGCGACCAGUCCCUGCUGGAGCGGCCCCUCCACCAACGCCUGCUGAGCCUCUACCGAGAGAACAGCGCCACGAAAGCCACGUUCUACAACAUCGCCGCCAAGAUCUGCGGACGCUUCCCCAAGUUCGUGGAGAAGUGGGCGAGCAAAGUGGCCGGGGACGUCAUGUCGCUGCCCGGGGACUUCAAGAUCCUGGUUCUCAACAUGCUGUUGGGUUACGCCGCAAACCUCCUGGAGCUGUUCGAAUACCUGACCCCUGCGCUGCGCAGCCUGCUGGAGCACCGCGAUGAACAGGCGCAGCUCAAGACGCUGCAGAUUCUCGAGGCUAUCCUCCCGAGCAUCAGCCGGGAGAGGGUCGAGACCGUGCUGCUGCCCAUACUCUGCCCGGUGUUCAGCCGCCACGACAACCCCGAGUGCAGGCGCGAGUUCUACCGCAUCCUGGAGUUCCUUUUCCGCCCCGCCCCCGACGGAAAGGGCAUGCCGGACCACCCCCAGGUGCAGCGGCACCUGCUGACCGGGCUGUGCGACCCGGCCGAUGAAUUGCGGGAAGAGGCGCAAUUCUUCUGGGGACUACAGCUGUCGCAAGAGAUGCCGGCGCGGCUCGUGGAGCUGCUCGGGCGGCUUUACGAGCCGGAGCUGGAGGACAAGUGGGCGCAGUACAGCGACAAGAUGCUGCUCAACCUGUGCGAGGCAUCCACCGACUAUAGUCGACCCCUCUUUGACCAGCCCUUAGCCGAGUGCCACUUCUCCGAGUACAAUAUCGACACCGCCUUCACCGGCCGCAGCCUCCCGAUGACCCCCCUCUUCUCGCAAUCCCAAACUGCCACGCUCCAAGAACUCGGCAGCCAGGCCCCAGCGCCCAGCCAAACGCAAACGGGGGGACGGACUCAGCAGCAGCCGCUUCCCCCCGGAAUGAUUCGCGCGACCCAGGGCCCGUCGCAGUCCCUCUCCCAGGGGGGUACGUUUGCCCCGUCUUUGUCGCAGGGAGACUUCGUCAGCAGCUCGCUGAUGGCAACCCAGUCGGGAGGGUUUAGGGGGGGUUUCAGCCAGGUCGGGUUGACCCAGGGCGUAACCCAGGGUUUGGGAGGGGCUCGCAGGGGCGGGGCGCUGUGGGACACCCAGACGAACGUGCAGAGACGGAUUCUCAAACCGCGGACCAGCCAGGUUUUGCAGGGGGUGCUCGGGGCGCGCCGCCGACGUGAGGCGCGCGCGAGCGCGCAGGCGGGCGCGCGCGUGCACAAGGUGACGAUGAUGCGGUCGUACCGGACGGGCGAGCUGCCGGACAUCCAGAUCAAGACGGAGGACGUCCUGAAGCCGUUGAUGGCGCUCGCGGAGCGCGAUCCGCUCGUCGCGCGGACGCUGUCCGCCGGACUCUUCCGGGGGGCGUUCGCUCUGCCGAGCACCGCGUUGAGAGACGGGGAAAACGACGUGAGGCGGCCGGUGCGCGAGGGGGUCGCGGCCGCGCUCGCACGCACGCGCGCGCGUACCAGCUUCGUGGCGAGCCUGCACGCAAUCUGUCUCGAAGAUCCCAAGAUGCGCGUGGAAGCGCGCAGCCUAGGGGACGCUAGCCUCCGGUCGAUGAACUACCAUUCUGGAAUCUUGGUUCUCGAGAAUCAGCUGCUUGACCAGUCGCAAGACGAGGGGGAAGAGAGGGGGAGUAGGAGUAAGCGGCAGAAAGGGAGGGGCGGCCAGGCGGUGCCACGUGGCGGCCAGGGAGAGGGCGGGGAAGAGGAGCAGGAGACGUGGCUGCAGCUGGCGAGGCUGUAUCGGGAGAUUGGAGAGGACGACAUCGUGUUGGGUGUCCUGCAGGAGAAAGUCGCGCGGUUGGAGUCGACGCGGGAGGCCUUGCAAGCGCAGAUUGCGGGCGAUUACACGCGGGCCUGGCAAGGGUACGACAAGGCGCUCAACGAGAUGGACGAGAUGGACCAAGAUUCCCCAGAGUACAGCAAACUAGAGGCGGACGUGUGCUACAACCAGCGGCUGGAGUGCCUGGAGAGCCUGACCCGGUGGCAGGAGCUGGUGGACGAGUCGCUGGAGCAGGUGACCGAGUACGACGCACACGGGCGCCCAAUGGACGCGGACACGCAGAAGCUGUGGGCGGAUGAAAACCGGGACCCGUACCUGCGGCUGUUUGUGCUCAGCGCUUCCAAGGUCCCCACCCAACACGUGGCGCUCCAGGAGUUCCUCGAGGCCUCGAUGGACGACCCUGCGAAGCGCGCGCGGCUAACCGACGACUUCGGCCUCCAGCUGACGGCGAUGGCGCUCGCGGGGGGCAGUACGAUCGCGCGCGCUUCCACCUCUCCAACUGCUACCGCAACUUCCGCCGGAAGUGGGGCGCGCUGCACCCGCUCGCCGUGGGGGCCCGGCAUGCUCAGGAUCAACGGUUGUAGGGCGAGAAGGAGCCCACAAGUUGGACCUUCCUGGAAGGACAACGCGGAGCAGCUUCAGAUCAUGGUCGAGUUCGACGAAUUCCUCUCGUUCGUCAGCAGCUCCUCCGGCGAUCAGCUGGCCGCAGUCACUGCCCGCACCGGCCCCCUUCCCUCCUCAAGCGGCCGCUCCCUCCCCGGGGGGCUGCUAAACCCCGACAAUAAGGACCCCCUGCGGCAAGUGGGCGAUCUUUUGGACACGUGGCAGCACCGGUGGCCGUCCUGGGAGCACGACCGGGUGGGAGUUUGGGAUGACGUCGUGCGCCACCGGGCCCUGUGUUUGGAGAGGGCGAAGGGCCACAUGGGCAUGCUGGCGCAGGCUGGCCACGUGGCGAACUACGACGGGACGAAGCUGGCCGCCGACCUGGCCGCCUCGAGCAGCUCCUACUUCAAGCAGGCGGCGGCGGGGCUGCGCAAGCGGGGCGAGUAUGACGUGGCACAGGACUACCUCAAAGACGGAGAGGCGGA